AUGGUAACGUCUCUAUCAAAUCAUCCCGAGAUAUUACGCCUCCAGCAAAUGCGUGAUUCCCUCGCCUUGGAAGCCAGAGCAUUGUAUGGAUCCAUGAAAAAAGCAAGUGGCACAAAAAUAGGGGAGCUCAAAGCCAAGGCGGAAGCUGCAUUAAGAGCUACGAAGAAGAAAUUGAAGGAAGCGGCGUUCAAUGGCGCUCGAAGCGAAUUUUUCGCCACCAUUGAUACUCUGGAAAUCAACAAACAACUCGAUCCUUCGCUAAUGGACAUGAACCAUGAUAUGUACGAGCCUGACAAGAUUGUUCAUCACCUCAAAGAACGGCGUGAAGUUGCGGAAUUGAUGCAGCUUCCACAUCAAGAUCUACCUGAAAGAGAGGACAUGAUGCGUCGUGUCACCCUGAUCAAUGCAUUGAUCGAGCUCGGUCGAGUCCAAAGCGUACCGUCCGAAAACGACAAACGAGAGAAAAAAAUGCAGAAUGCCGGCAGCGACGAGCACACGCCGCUUGAAGAGCGCUUUCGACCUGAGCCAGAUCCUUCUCCAACCUCUGAGCCGCGUGACGCUCCAAUCUCUUUGACGAAUCGGCACUGUCUCUUCUGCGUUUUUGAGCCGAACUACCAGUGCUAUUUCGCGACGCCGCGGAAAGCCAGAGAACAUUUCGAGAGACGCCUUCGCGGAUUGAAACAGGAUGAGCCUGUACCGUGUCCGGAUUCAUUUUGCAAGCUUGCCUUACGCGGACCCCAGGCACUAAAAUCUCAUGCACAGCGUGUCCACAAGGUGCGUUAUUUCAGCGAGGCGCAAUGCUCUAAGCUAGGUAGACCGUUCGUGCUUUGA